AUGAAGGGCCGCAAAUCCCUGAAACCGGUGCCGGCAGCAACCGCCUUAAGGCAUAGUAUUAGCCAGAUGCUAUCCUCGACUCCCUGCAGCCAGGGGACAUUGCCACACCGGCCUGAGACUACUCCCAGCAUGGUAGGGGACAAAGGACCUACAGACGAGGCCCGGGCUGCGCCUGGAGCAGAAACACCUGUGGCAAAGGAGGAUAUACACGACUUACUGGCACACUUCCAGGACAUGUUCUUUGCAGAGAUCAACCUGGUAAAAACUGAAUUACAAGCAGUCACAGAAUGCCUCCGAGCAUCUGAGAAGGACACUGCUGACCUGAGGCAAGGCAUGACAACUCAAGGGGAAUCAAGCGGCAUCGGCUGCGCACCCUCAUAG